AUGGGUGCGCCUGUUGGUUUAAGGGAUAGCAUCUUCCCCUGCGUGCUAAUACCCCUUGGUUUCUUGAAUGCUUGCACUUGGAACUUGUUCCCCCAGCAGCCCCUCACAUGUGAAUCUUUGGCUUUCUUCGUGGACUUCUGCUUCAGCCAAGUGCUGAAGGCCUUGGACUCCUUUUAUUCAAAUGAUGAGCAACCACAUAAGAAUGUUUUGAAACUCUUGGGCUGCUGCUUAGAGAUCCCUAUACCAGCUUUGGUGCAUGAAUAUGCAAUAGAAGGAGUUCUCAACGAUCAAGGAGGUUUAAGGACUACUGAAAACCAAUCCUCAUUACCAUGGAAAACUAGACUGCGCAUUGCAAUUCAACUUGCUAGUGCAAUCAGAUAUUUACAUACCGCCUUUCCCAGACCCAUAAUUCAUAGGGAUCUAAAACCCAGUUCUAUUUUCUUGGACCAUGACUAUGCUCCGAAACUCUCUAACUUCGAACUCUCCAUAACCAUUCCUCCUAUGAAAUCACAUGCUGAUGAUGAGGGACAAAAGGCUGUGGAUGCAUAUGAGGCAGGAGAAUACCAAUCAAGUAUUGCAUAUGUGAAAGCUUCAGAUAUUGAGCAGAUUCAAACAAUUGCGGACCCUAAAAUCUUAGGGGAGGUAGGGGGAGAUGAGCAAGCCCGACGGCACUUGCAUGAUUUCCUAGCACUGGCAUUGUUAUGCACCCAAGAAGAAAGUGAAGUAAGGCCAGAUAUGAUGGAUGUGGCGAAAGAACUCCUGAGAAUUGAGACGUCUAUCAUUUCCAAGUAUUCUCUCUAA